UGUCCCUGCUGCAGGGAAUCGAUAUAAGUGCUGGUGGGGCUGGGGAAGAGACCUCGCUGCUGCUACUUGUCCAUCAGCCUGGGGAAAAUGUUCCGCCUCUUCAGUCAAACCAGGCGUUGUUUGCAAGUGAAGCGAGCGCUGCAGAGACAGGAGUGGCCCCUUCGGCCAGCACACCUCACAGCUGCCACACAGCAGGCCAGUUUCUCCACCGUCUCUGUGGAGCACUUGUCUCGGUCGGACUCAUGGCCGAAGGAUGUGGGCAUUCUUGCACUUGAGGUUUACUUCCCUUCGCAGUACGUAGAACAAGUGGAGCUGGAGAAGUAUGAUGGCGUGGAAGCCGGGAAGUACACCCUGGGCCUGGGCCAGAAGCAGAUGGGCUUCUGCUCAGCCCACGAGGACAUUAACUCCCUAUGCCUGACCGUGGUCCAGCGCCUUGUGGAACGCAGCCGUCUCUCCUGGGACUCCAUUGGCCGGCUGGAGGUUGGCACGGAGACCAUCAUUGACAAGUCCAAGGCCGUCAAGACAGUUCUAAUGCAGCUCUUCCAGGACUCGGGGAACACGGACGUUGAAGGCAUCGACACCACCAACGCCUGCUAUGGAGGCACAGCCUCCCUCUUCAACUCUGUUGACUGGGUGGAGUCCAGCUCCUGGGAUGGGCGCUAUGCAAUGGUGGUCUGUGGUGACAUUGCGGUCUAUGCCACUGGCAAUGCCCGUCCCACGGGAGGGGCAGGAGCUGUAGCGAUGCUGGUUGGACCAGAGGCCCCUCUGGUGCUAGAGAGAGGUGUUCGGGGAACCCACAUGGAACAUGUAUAUGAUUUCUACAAACCAGACCUGGCUUCAGAGUAUCCCAUGGUGGAUGGGAAACUCUCUAUCCAGUGCUAUUUACGGGCCCUGGAUCAAUGCUAUUCUGUCUACCGCAAGAAAAUCCAGAGCCAGUGGCAGAAAGUGGGGGUGGACAAACCUUUUACCCUGGAAGACUUCCAGUUCAUGAUCUUCCACACGCCCUUCUGCAAACUGGUGCAGAAGUCUGUGGGGCGAAUGAUGCUCAACGACUUCCUAGCAGCUCCCAACCCCGACACGCAGAGCGGCCUCUACAAAGGGCUGCAGGCCUUCAGGGGUGUGAAGCUAGAAGACACCUACUCUGACAAGGAUGUGGAGAAGGCCUUUCAGAAAGCUAGCCUGGAAAUGUUCAGCCAGAAAACCAAGCCCUCGCUGCUCCUCUCCUCUCGCAACGGCAACAUGUACAGCCCGUCCAUGUAUGGCUGCCUCGCCUCCCUCCUCGCACAUUACUCCCCAGCAGAAGGGCUCGGCAUGAGAAGAGGGCACAUUCCAGGUUGCACAGUGGCCCUUUCUCUGCCAUGACCUGUCUGUGGGUUUUUCACGUUCAGUGCUUCACUUUGCAACUUUAAGUCUUUUUAUUUUGUUCCGUGCAUAGAGUUGCCGUUUAACCAAACCCAGUGUGUGUCAGAGGCAGAAGGGAAAGAAAAGGCUCAGCUGCUCUCGGGGUGGGGUAGACCCUGCUCCUGCAGGUGGGCCCUCGUGCACUCCAAGGAUGACGGUGCUAACUGUGCCUUGCAGAGCCUGCCUGUGCCUGGCCCUUAGUGCACACUGUCCCACAACUCCUAGUUCUGCCCAAGACACAGCUGUAUCCCCUGGUCUCCCUGCUCUCAGCAGGAACUGCCAUGCACACUAAUGCUCCCUGUGUGCUGCUCAUCUAGCCGCUGGUUUUCCUAUCACGCCCAUCACCAGGGUAUCUUGGAUCCUGGUGCAUGCUCUCUCAGCUGCUGUCUCGAGGCAUGUCUGAACUUGAUCCUUCUAGGCCCCACUUCAGGGAGCCUGCUGGUAUGGAAAGCCUGGAGACCGUUUCUCCCCGCAGUAGCUGGAGAUCUGAUGUCUUGGCUGCUCAGAUGCAGGUGGUUCUCCCUUACCUCACUAGUCAUCACCAAAUCAACCCGCAGUGGUGCCCACUCGCAACUCCAAACCCUGCUUCUGUUCCUUGCCUGGAUCCCACAGACCUUAACGCCAGCGACAGGAGCAGGAGGCAAAACUCUCCUGCCCGUUUCCUGGGGUUGCCUGCUGUCACGCAGGGGGAUUGUUUCUAUUUUAGGGAGGUACAGCCUAGGUUCAGCCCGGGGGCCAUUUCUGGUUGCCCUCCACUGAUUUAAAAUAAAAUCUCUGAUUUCCAGCAUGUCCCAGGUCAGAGUAGCUCACCUACAGCCCACACAAUGCUCCCUGGGGCAUCAGCUUGCCUGGCCGUGUGGGUAGCUCCCAGGAUUUGGGGCAUCUGGCCUUUAGCACAGACAUUCUCCACUGACAGCUUGGUUUGA